CGCCCGAGGUUUAACCUUUCCAGCAGAUUCAUACUGAAUCGCCUUGGAAGUACCCCCGGACGGAUAUACACCUAUAUGUCAAUAUUGACUUGCACAGCAAUUUCGGUGAGCUCCGAGGUGAGUAUCCCAGGCUGGCUGAGCAGAGUGGGUCCAGCCAAGAAUGAGCCCAAUUACUUGGGGUGCCCGCGGCAAGAGCACAGCACAUCUGCAAAGCGUCACUCACAUAUACAACUUACGUCAAACAGCAGUUCUUCAGCCCCAGACUACUCUCAGCAAAUGUCGAAGCUCUCGUCUUCAAUACAGUCAGCAACGACCACCACACCAACAACACUAUGGCAGACCCAUUCGAGGUGCGCAUGCGCUUCACCAACCAGCUUCGACAGCUCAAUGCGUCGGUGACGUCGGCGCAGAAGGCAGCGCAAUAUGCCCUGAAAUACAGGGACAUGGCUGAGGACUUGCACUCGUGCAUUCUGGAGCAGCUCGAGAGGAACAACAUGAAUACCCGGGCAAACAUCAUGUACUUCAUCGAGCACUUUCUCGACAUGGCGAAUAAGGAUGGCUACGUCGAUUAUGUGCGCAUGAUGCAGCGAGAUAUUAUCCGGGUGGUGGACGCUGUAGCGCCAGACGACGGGUCAGGGGCAGCAAACGUCAAGGUUGUUCGUAAGGUCCUCCAAGCCCUCCAAACGAAGUCCCUCCUCGACGCCCAAACCGUCACCCAAAUCGAAGAAGUCCUCAAAGACCGUGACGCCUCAGCCCAAGACAUCGCCAUGUCUUCCCCUCCUCCUGCCGACGGAGACGACAUGGCCGAUAACCUCGGCGACGACAACAUGCCCCCCGCCCGCACCCUACCUCCCUAUCACACUACCACCAGCAAGAGAAUACACGCCCCGCCCAAGCUGGACAAGAAGCAGAUCGAGCAGCGGAUCGAAGAGGACCGCGAGCGGCACAAGCGGCAGAGGGAGAACAUAUGGGCCGUGCCGCCGGGCGAGGACGCCGAGAUGGACAAGCUGUGGGAGGAGACGAGCGACCUUGGGGAAGAUGAUCACCGCAUGGGGGAGGAGGAGUGGGCCGAGUGGAAGGCUGAGUUUGAGGCGAGGAAGUGUUUGCAUCAGAGGGAGGCGGAGAGGAAUGGGGCGCAAUAAGGAGACCUUUGGGUUCGUUUUCCAGCGUGAAGGGUUGUGUUGAACGGAUUUGCAUUGCAUUGCAUGGCGCUUAUGGGGCUGGUUAGUAGGGAAAAGACAGAGUGGCGUUUGGAAAGGGGGUGUUAGGUAUCCUGGUACCAUGGGUGUCGGUUGGUUUUGGCGAGAUAGGAUCUUUCGAAGACGUGACUUACCUCGAACAGGGAGUCACUUGCAGCAGCGUCGUCCGCAGUCAUGCCGGUGCAAUACAUGUUUUGGCUGGUAUAUCGAGUUAUAGUGUUACAAG